ACCAGUCUCCACGCGCAGACUGGAGCGCGCGCGCGCAUCACUCAUUCCUUUAGCGGGAAGCGCGCGGACCUGAAUGGACCUGCUGCAACGGUCGCAGCUGUGAAACAGAAUUUUUCGGAGACGCACCGUCGAUUAAGUGAUGAAGUCUGCGUGGUUUAUUUUUCAAGCUUUAUGACAAAUGUUUCCGGAAUAAGUUCACAACAUCUUUGGAAUUAUAUACUGUUGCUUGGCGGAAUAUCAAGGAAUAAUGUGGAAGUAUUUCAAAUGCCACGGUGGAUGACAUUCGAAAAUGAGCUCAGAUUUUUAGAAGGAAAUCCAAACCUCUCAACCAUAGACAUUUGACUAUUACUGUGAGCUCCACCCUGAUGUCAAGGCCUUGUCACUCCACCCGAGGUUUAAAGCCUCCUGUGGCACCUAAACCAAGGCUAGCCUCAGAGGUGAGCCAAAGCAUUGUGGGUAAUGGGGACAUAACGUCCUCAGACAGGCCUGAGCUGGGGCAGGAGAAUGAAUCAGAUGUCUCACAAGAUGAAGCAGAUGCACCUGGAGAAAACUGUACAGACGAUUGCAUAGACAAGGACUUAUCAGACAUGGUGACAAAGUUCAUUGUGAACUAUGACACAAUUCAUAACACAACUUAUUACAAUGAAAUAGAGGAAGGUGUGGUAGUGAAUAAAAUGGGAGAGGAUGAACUUAAAGAUGAUGACACUAAUACACCGUCUCUGAAUUUAGUUGAGGUAGCUGAUUUAAGUCUUCAUUCAGCAGAAGAGGACAACAGCAAAAACGAUGCUAUCAGCCCACCUCAAGAUGGAGAAGUUGCAAAUGAAAACACUCAUACAUGUUCUGAUAAUGAGGCACCUACUAACUGCCUGCUUGCAGGUGAAUUAUCUGAAUGCAACGAUUCCCAAAACCUUUAUGCAGAGAUUGAGGAACCACCAUCAGACAGUUGUGUGGAUCCAGACACACAACAGUCCCAUAUCAGUGAAAGAGAGGCUCUUCUCUCUGUGAACUCUAUUGAAUGCAACAGUGACCUCUGUGAUAAGGACCAUGGUGCAGGUGCAAACUGUGUACAUCAUGAGGCAGAAGAGGAUGUGGCCUAUAAUGAGACUGGGCUUUAUUCAAAAUCUACAAACUGCAGUCAACCAUCGCUAUGUGAGGAAUACCCUUAUGAUGUUAUUGGCACACUUGACGACAAUAGUACAUGGCAGGCUGAACGUGCUACCAAAGACCCAUCUGGAAGAUUCAGGUUUGCAGAUGAAACAGUAGAUGCAUUUGAGACUUACUCUGUCAUAGAGGUUGUGCCAAGUGAUUUGUCAUGCACCUCUGAUCCAGAAGCAAGAUGCACUGAAGAGGAGCCCAGCAAUGAACAACCAAUGGCCUCUGGGAACACAACAAAAGAAACGUCAAUCCAAGAACCUUACUAUGUAUCAUCGAAUGAUGUGGCAGAGUUAGAAGAGGAACAGGCAAAAUUAGAAAAUGGUGUAUCUCAGCCUGAAAUGCCUUGUGAGGGUAAAGAGAUGGCAAAAAAUGAAGCAGUUGAUGAAUAUGCUGAUAUUGAAGAACAGGAUGGUGAUGGACUGCAAGUGGAAUGCGUGUCAUCUGAAGAUUAUGUUGAGAUAGGAGAUGAAGAUGAGCCACUCAACAUGGAGAGGAAAACAAAAGGUAAAAGUGUGAGAGAAAGGUCAGCUAGACGCGGACAUGCCCUCUUGAGUCAGAGGAACAGCUGCCAGCCACGUCUCAGACUUUGCAACAUUACUGUUCCAGCUGAUUUGGAUUCAGGACUAACUCCAGAACUUACCAACCGUGUGGUUUUUGCCCACACCACAGAAGCCUUUGAGGAAGACAUAGAAGAGCUGGAUUGCCAUAUUGUGCCUUUCUUUGAGGACUCGGACACAGAAAGUGACGAACACAUUUAUGAAGAGGCUGGCUUUGACUCCGAGGGUGAGAACUUUAUCUCUCUGGACAGGAAAAGCGUUGUGACAAGAUCUCGCUCGCUCUCUGGAAAAGUACCUGGGUAUGUUCCUGAGACUGUGCCUGAGGAGACAGUAACUGAGUUCCAGAAUCAUGACUACUACACUGUCACUUUAGACCAGAAUGGAGAUUUACACCCCAACCAAUCAGAACAAACAGAGGCCAAUCGAAUAAUUCCUUCACUCAAACCAAGACGCUUUCUUUUGUCUCCUCGGUCACUUUCUGUAGAGGGCAAAGAUUUGUCGUUCUUAGGGGAGUGUGAGAAAUCCCCUAGAGAGGAAGGUAGAUUGCAAAGGAAAGAUGACACACUUUCGUUGCCUUGUGUUAUUCCUUCUUCGGGAAGCUUUUCUCAGAGAAGCCACCAAUCCUCAAGCGGUGUGUCAACACCUACAUCUUUAGUUGAUAUCCCACCACCUUUUGAGUUAGCUUACAUAACUAAAAGGCCUGUAACCAAAAGCUCUCCAUCCCUUCUAAUUCAACAUGAGUCUCCUGACAACCAACAAAAGAAAAAGACCUCAUUUAAACGUUUUUUGGCCCUAAAAUUUAAGAGAAAACCUGAAAGUAAAGCCCGCGGAGAUGGAAGUGUCCGCUCCUCUAGGUCAUCGUCUGAGUCUAGCCACCAUGGGCCCAUUCGGGUGCUUGAGCUUGAUCGUAAGAGUGCAAGUGGCUCCCCCCAAAUUCAGUCCCGUGUGUCAAUGCCACAACGUAACUCAGACUUACCGAACACCUUUGUUCUCUACAAAGAGAGGCAAAGGAGGCAAGGUGCUCCCAAGAGUUAUGGCAACAGGGGUAUUUCCAGAGUGGAGUCCUUUGAGGACCGUUCUCGGCCUCCCUUCAUGCCUCUGCCCCUAACUAAACCACGCUCAAUCUCUUUCCCAAGUGCAGAUACAUCUGAUUAUGAAAAUAUUCCGGCAAUGAGCUCAGACUAUGAGAAUAUUCAGAUUCCACAUGGCAGGCCCACUCGGGCAGUUACUAUUACAGAGUUCUUCGAUGACCAGACUCGGACAACAGCGCCUGUCAAUGAGAACGAUGGUUAUGUGGACAUGAAUAGCUUUGCUGGAAUUGAAAACAAGUCCACCACACAAGAGCAAGACAAUGAAAGUGCCUACACUGAGCCAUUCCCAGUGUGUCCUGCACCUGCCACUGUAUCCAAUGAGGAAGACCAUGGACGCACCUCUGAGGAAGAGGACGGUUGUGUAGACCAAUGCAAUGACAGACAGAUUGAUGGGCGAUCCAGAGCCUACUACAUUGUUAAAGAUCUUGUGGAUUCAGAAAGAGAACACGUGAAAGCUCUGAAGAUUCUUCAAGAGGACUUUAGAGAAGCGGUGGAGUCAGCAGUUGGAGAAGAUGAGGAACCCGUGUUAGAAAAGACAAAACUGGACGAAAUCCUUAGCACCCUUCCUCAAGCUUACCACCUCCACACUGAGAUUCUCAAUGAGUUGGAGACCCGCAUUAAACAAUGGGAGGACAGCCCGACAGUGGUUGAUGUCAUUUUAACGCGCCAGGAAGAGUUUUCAGCUUUUGCGACCUACAUCUCAGACUAUGACCGCAGCAAGUCACUGCUGGAGGAGAGCUGUAGACAGAAUAAAGCUUUUGAGGAUCUGGUGAAACAGUUUGAGACACAAAACGCGGAGGGGGUUCAUGUUCCUCUGACACAUCAGCUGCUGCGAGUCAUUGUGCGUGUGCUCCAGUACCGUAUGUUGCUCACAGAUUACUUAAACAAUCUCUCACCAGAUUCUAAAGAGUAUGAAGACACACAAGCUGCAUUGGCAAUCGUGUCAGAGGUUGCCGACCAGGUUAAUGACAAUCUAAAACAUGGGGAGAACUUGCUCCGACUGGUCCACAUUGACUACAGUGUGAGGGGCAAGAGAGACCUUCUUCAGCCAGGAAGGGUUUUUGUCAAGGAGGGCACUCUGAUGAAAGUCUCUCGUAAAUGCCGACAGCCAAGACACCUCUUCCUGAUGAAUGAUGUAAUGCUGUACACAUAUCCUCAGCAGGACGGUAAAUACAGACUAAAGAACACACUUACUCUAAGUGGGAUGAAGGUCAGUAAACCAGUUUUAGACAAUGUGCUCAACACACUCAGGAUAGAAGUCGGUGAUGUUACCAUCACACUCUCAGCGAGUUCUUUAGGAGAGAGAGAGGACUGGUUUCACACGCUGAGCAGAGCUAUAGCAGAUCAUGCUGCGGGUCUCAACACCUUCAGUUGUUCUAGUGAGGCUAGAGAGAAACUAUGGAUGUCUUUAGGAGAGGCCGCACCUGUUCUGGUUCCUGUUUCACAUGUAAUGAUGUGCAUGAACUGCACGUCUGAUUUCAGUCUAACACUGCGACGACAUCACUGCAAUGCAUGCGGAAAGGUGGUGUGUCGUUCCUGCUCGAGGAACAGAUACCCUCUUAAGUAUCUGAAGGACAGGAUGGCUAAAGUGUGUGACCACUGUUAUGCCGAGCUCAGAAAGAGAGGUGGUAAUAUUCCUGGAACAUGUGGGAGUGCAAGUCCCCACACAAACAGGGCCAGCAGACCUUUAUCUGCUGUGUUUCAAAGCCUCCAGCCACCGAGUCUGUGGAGGAACAGAAAGAGCACUUCGCCUCUCACACAGGUGUCUGUGGGUGCAGAGGGUUCCACUAUGAGUGGCAGUCUGCAGAGACGCAAAAAGAGCAAAAGGAAGUGGAAGAGGCUGUGGUUCCUGCUCAAAGACAAGGUGCUCUACACCUUUAAAGCACGAGAGGAUAAAGUAGCAUCUGAAAGUCUCCCACUGCAGGGUUUUACCGUAAAGCUGUCUGAUCGGUCAGAGGGAGAAGACACGGACGGUGUUUUCCAGCUUUAUCAUAAAAAAACACUCUAUUACACCUUCAAAGCAGAUGACCAACACACUGCACGCAGGUGGGUAAACGCGAUGGAAGAAGCCACAGUGUUAUAGUAUCUACCUAUUUGCUCAGUUGACAGCAAAACUCUGGGCAAGGUCAUCUUUUCAUCGCUCCGGCACAAUUCUAGACACCUAAACUCAUUAUGGUCUUCAACACUUAAAUCACAUCACAGUUGCCUGUGCCUGACAAACCAGCAGAAUCAAACCAUGGAUACCUUCGUUUUAAUCACUAUUUUCUUUUUGGCUGCUGAAUUUAUGGACAGAGUUUUAAAGCGUGCAUAAGGUCACACAAGGCUUGGUGUUUUCCUCUUGCAUGCUGUCCAUUGCCUCACUUUUUAAAAUUUACAGACUUAAUAAAGUGCCAAAAUGUAUUCAGUGCUGUUCAGUGAAGCCUCAGUUUGCUCAGGUGUCGUGAAUGACUGUUAUAUAACUACUUACUUGUGUGGACGUUUUUUUUUACUGCAACUAUCUUUCUAUAUGCAGAUAAAAUUCAGUGCAGUCAUUUAUACACUAAAGCAAUGAAUUCAUGUAAAAUUAAAAAUUAACUUAAAUGCAAGGGAUUUAUGACAGUAAUUACGAUAGGCUUGUUAUAGUAAAUGUUCAUUUCAUUUAACAUCCAAGCAUGCAUAUUGGCAUAUCGUACCGCAAUCAUGUUUUAUAUAAAAUGACACCAUGUGAAGUGUAUUUACAUUUGGAUUUGUAUAGCCUAACUGAGGCGAGCUGUACAUUUUACUCGGAAUACUCUGACAAUUCAAAGUGUAAUGUAUUUAAUUUGCUGCUAGAUAAAAUAUUGCUAUUAUUUGCUGUGAUGUUAUCACAUUAUGUAGUCAUAUUACAGUUUACAUCCAGUUCUAACACAAAAUUGUAAUGGCGAGCAUAGUGAUGAACAAUUUCAACAUUCACAACAGUUAUUGCUACUACAAAAUAAUAAAAAAAAUAAUAAUAAAAUUGAUCUUGAAAGAGAUCCUAACUGCAUCAUUAUACUAUUACAGUAGUAGCAAUAGCUCCAGUUACUGCUGUAUUUGUGUGACAUCUAUGGUGUAUGGUUAUUUUCUGUAAGGAGAAGGCGCGUACAUUCAAAGGACACGUCGGGUAAAACCUUGUGCAAAUCAGUAUGCAAAUAAUGUGAACGCUUUAACCUUUCAUUGAAAUAACCAAGUGCCACAUGUUUUAUUUAGGCCUACAUUACAUAGGCCUUUAGUUAUUAGAGUUUUAAACUCUCAACACUACUGUACCACUACAUUUUUCAUUAAUUGUCUAAUGAUGUGAUUUUAAUAACUAACAUAUUGACCAAUAAUGUAAAACAUCCACUUUUCUACUGAAUUGAAUUUUAAUUCUGAAAGAUAUGGUUUGUAUUUUACAACAACUGGUAUGGGAAAAGCCUUCAUUGUUCAUAUGGGUAUCUUGCUGUAUAGUAAAGGCCUGUGAUGUUGUAGUGUUCUGUAUUGCAUUUGAUAUCGCUGAAGAAAUUUUAACUGGAUUGUAUUGAGGUUAAAUAUUGUUAAUAUGUUUUAUCACAUGCACUGGAAAGAACGGCAAGCAUUCAAAUUUAAGUCUAAGUUCAACUGAGCCUUAAUUUUUCUUAAGUAAAUGGCUUUUAUCAGAUGUUUUUUUGUUUCAUGUGUCUUUGAAUGUUACACUUUUAAAAGGUUUCCUAUAAAACUGAAAAAGUGCCAGUAUUAAUUUUCAGUUAUUUGAUCUCUAGCGCUGUAACAUUUUUAUCUGUGGUUAAACUGUUUCUUCCUGAAGGCGUUAUGAAGUUAUAUGAAGGCCCUGCAUACAGAAAAAUAAUGUAAAUGUACAUAAUUAAAAGGAGGAGAGAAUGCA